CUGUGGAUCUUGGGCGGAGUGAUCCCUCCUCUCUCCUCUUGCUCUCUGUCGCUACGUGCGGAUAGUUGUGUAACGGCUCGGUCUCCGCCCUGCAGCUUUAAAUACCUUCACACCGGGGCCGUUGCAUGGGUAAAUACACGGGGGUGUGUUGGUACUGCGGUUUGUUUUUCCACUCUGUUCUGUUUUGCUAACAUGGAGCUGGACCGGCGGCUGCUGCUGGCCCACUGCGCGGCUCACGCCCUCUCGGUGGCGGCGGGUCUGCUGGUAGUCGUCCCCAUGGCGCUCAACGGCUCCGCGUUCAAAGGCCGCUGCGCCCUCUUCUCCACCGGCUACUGGAGGACCGAGGAGCGGCCCGAGCUUAUGGGGCAGACCGGGGACGAGUCCCGGCUGGUGGUGCAACAGUGGGGCCCGCCGGCUGCCUGCCAGUUCGGCACGUUCGUGGGUAUUUUCACGGUGCUGUACGGAGCCGCGCAGGGCUGGAGGUGUCUGCUGUAUCUGCACGGACGACACGACGACACCCUGUUCUCGUCCUUCCUCACCGUCGUGCUGAGUGUGUGCGUCCUCUUCCUGUCUGGAGGCGCCAGCGUCCUCGUUUCUCUGGGGUUCAGCUCCUGGUGCGACACUGUGACCAAUGACAACACGCGACCCUACAGCUGUGCAGAGUCCCAGUCUGUCCCACUUUACCUGGACGUGGACACUUCGUCUUUCUACACAGAGCUCAGCCUGGCUCAGGCGUCUCUGUGGUUCGUCACGGCUCUGUGGUUGAUUCAGUCCAUCCUGGCCUUCCUGCGGCUCUACCACUCCCACAGCCAACACAUCAGCGGCCCCUGUCUGCCCCGAGAGAAGGAGCUGCUGCUGGGCCACAGUCCGUCUGGCAGCGGCUCCCCCUCACCUCCACAUCCUCCAGCAACGCCCACCGUCUUAGUCUAACCGGGAGGGCACGAGGUAGUGGUACAAGGCGUCACACUUAUGUUGUAAUUUACACCUCAUCCUGUUCACUAUCACAACUGAUAACAUCCACUCUGCAGUUCUUACUUCCUGUUUUGAUAUUAUGAAUCGUCUUGUACAACAGCCAGAAUUAUUGUGUGUGUUUGCUAUCAACCAAUAGGCAGAGAGAAACUGCAGCACAGAAAUGCCAAAGAUCUGUUGGAAGUCUUUAUUAAAUUGCUCUCUGAUGGCCACAUUUCAGGAAUGAAAGGUUUUCUACUGGAUGAUCUGUUCAAAUCUUAAAUGUCAAAAUGCUAUUGUCCUUUAAUAUCCAUUAUCAUUGGGGCUAUAUUAUAUAAUUGGGAUGAGCAGAGCCAACAUCACUCACAUUACUUUGCUCUGCCAUCUGUUUUAUAGUCCGUCUAUAAAAAUCUAAACGCCCACAUGCUGCGGUCAAAGAGUAUUUCCACAUUCCUCAAAAUCUCUUCUAGCCUUUUGGAUCAAUAUUUAUUUAGUUCUCGGAAUGAUAAAAAAAAAAGAUUUUUAAUACGUUUUCCAAGUUGUGAUUGGAUUUUCUGUCCAUAUAGCGAUAAAUGAUGCCAGAUCAUCAGAUCAUUUACGAUUUCAACAGACUGUUAAUAUCCAAUAUUAUCAGUAAUGCAAGAGAUUGGUUCGGUUUAUAAGAUAAUGUACAAAGUAGGUUUGGAUGUGGUUUCACUUGCAACUAAAUUUAAUUUUUUUGGAAAUAAAAAAUCUGGCACAGGAAGCUGAUUUAUUUUUGAAUGAUUUCAGAAUUACAUAAAUUCAACAUUGUGUAUUUACUUUGUGCGACAGACGAUAACAGAAAUACAUUGUUUUGUAUGAAAUUAUAUAAUAAUAUUAACAUCCUUAAAGACAGAUAAAGACUUAAAAUAACUUGUUAUAAUUUUGGUUUAUGGUGCACAAAUGAAUUGAAACCAUAGGUCAUUUCCAGUUACAUUUCUUAAAUGGAGUUGCAGCUUGGAAAACUGGUUAAACGUGUUUUUAAUCAUUUUGUUGUUAGACAAGUCUUUGAAAAGGAAACAGAACAGCCCUUAGUGUUGUUCAUCAAGCUUUCUGGUUUUUCAAAACUCUGGGGUAUUUAUUGUUCAGUUAAAGCUGCAGGUGGCAGAAAUGUGGAAAAAGCUAAAUUUAAAAAAAAAAACACACCAGAAUGUGAAAAUGUACAGCUCUUCCCUUGCAUCACUCCUCUCUCUGUUCUUCCACCAGACAAGUAAAAGCAUGUUUUCACUCUUCAGACACACAAAAUAGGUCAAGUUAACAGUAAAUUAAUCAUUUUCUGCUUCACACACAAUUGUAAUGUUCCUUCAUCUCCCUUCAUACAUUUACUAAAGCCUGGAAACAGAGCAAAGAGGAGGUUCAGGAAUUUACUUUACCUCUCCAAACACUUGAAUUAUAAUAUGCUGAAAAGCUGGAAAAUAAACAUUUUUCCCAGUGAUGCCAAAAAAAACGCUUCCUACUACAGCUUUAAAUCUUAAUAGGUUAGAAACGUCUAACGUGGCAUGAAAAUAACAGAUAACACUAAAAACUAGAGGUAAGCUUAUGAAGGUUCAAAAAAAAAUAGCAAAACAGCCGUCAGAAUUAAGAAAGCUAAAAUGAGCCAAACCAUUUACCAGAGAGUUUACAGUAGAGUUGAAUUCAGUUUGAGGUACAGAGGUCUUUAAUGUGUGUUUAGCAGCAAACAUGAAGGCUUCGUUUCCGUGUCUGUUUCUAUAGCAGCGGGUUCAGGAUGUGUCUUGUGAUCUGCAAUUAUGGCUGAAAAUGAGCCGCGUGAAAUCAGUUUUCAAAGAUGUGACUGACGUUUGUUCAGAAUGGCUUUAUAGAUAAACAUAUUGCCAAUGAUUUAAGUGAUGCUUAAAGAGAAAAAGAUGAUGAGGUAAUGUUGAGUCCAGCAUGUGAAGACGUUCAUGUGUAGCAGUAAGUGGUAGGAAGGAGGCAGCCUUUAGGACUCACGUCUAAAAUUAAACACCAACUUCAGGCUAAACUUAACACUGUCUUCUGGCACAAAGACAAAAAUAGAAGCUGACAUCAGAUUAGCUGCAGUAUUCAGUGAUCUAAUAACCAUGGUGUUACUUAGAGCUUAUUUUCUGUCAUGUUACUAUGAUUUUGUGAUUCAAAGCUUGAUAGUUCAUUGACGUCACUGAUGACACUGCAUUAGCCCAGAUGGUGUUUUUUAUUCCAGCCUGUUGUGCUCACACAGUAUUUACCAUGCAUGAUUGUUUACAUUCCUGCUGGAGCUCGACAUUUUGCACAGUUGUGUCCUCAUCAGGGAGAAUACAUGUUUGUUCUGAGUGUAAUAUUCAGAUGGAGCACUGAGAUGCUUUUAUUGUGAAGAAGCAUGUGGUGAGAGUGUGACUGAGCCACCAUGUUCGUGAAACAGGCUCACUGUGUGAGCAUGACCCGAAUGUUCUGUUGUGUAACAGGAAAAAUGGCAGCUGAGCUUCUCUCUUCUUGUGACGAUUUUCACCAUGAUGCUGUUUGUGUGGACGCAGCUGCUUGCAGGGCCUCAGCGAAGCAGUUAGAUCUAAACGUUCAGCGAUCAGAUAGUUUUUACACUGAGAGAGAUUUAUGUGGAGCCAAGCGGGGUCAAUUCAGAGGCAAGAAGUUCUUAACUUUGCUGAGUUUUUGAAACAAAUGAUUCAAAGAAUUUAAAGUUUCUCCUGUUGUCAUCGAUUCGAGCAGCUGUAAUGACACACAGACAGUGGAGCAGAAAAUCUGAAGUAGAGAGACAAGACAGCGCUGUCCUAUGAAGCUACUGUAAAAUAUGAAAUGUUUAGUAUUUGAACUGACUGUUGUCUUGCUUUUUAACUCCUAUACCUGUUUGUUCUCAUUCAUAUUCAUGUUUUGUUGUUUUUAUUUGUCUUGUUUUCAAAUAAAACACUUCCUAUUGCAAAAGAA